AUGCACAUUUCACUAAUCGCAAUCACAAUCGCAAUGGAUCACGGAACUAUGGACCACGCUACUAUGAACCACGCUACCAUGGACCACUCGGGUCACAACAUGGCUUCUAUGGCUACUUCGAUUCUCACCACCGCCGUUUCCACCGCUAUGAACGCCAUGGCCACCGGUAUGGACCACUCCACCAUGGACCAUUCCACCAUGGACCACUCUUCCAUGGACCACUCUAGCAUGGGAGGCAUGGACCAUGAUAUGGGAGGAAUGGACCAUGGAGGACACAUGGGAAUGAACAUGUGGCUCACCACCACCUGGAGAGACUAUCCCGUUCUUUUCAAGACCAUGACAGCUUCUACUGGAGGCAAGUGCUUUGGUAUUUUCUGCGCCCUCUUCUUUACCGGCAUGUUCCAUCGAGGACUGGCCCUUCUUAGACAGACCAUGGAGGCCAAGUGGGCCCAGGCUGACCGAGAGAAGAUCAAGGAGACCGGGGUUCCUGCCAAGACUGGCCUUUCCGGCUUCUUUGCCAACAUUAACCCUAUCAGAGACCUAAUCCGAGUGACUGUUGCGUUCACAUACUACAUGAUUGGAUACGCUCUCAUGCUGUCUGCCAUGUCGUACGUUCUUGUCUACUUUUUCGGCAUUUGCCUGGGUCUUGCUUUCGGAGAGAUUCUGUUCAACAACGUCGCGCGGACUUGCCAGGUUGCCCAGAUUGAGGAUCCAAAGGGCGAGGAUUGUUGCUGUUAG